AUGCGGCUACGAACAGGAUCAACACAGACUGACAAAAAUGAGAUAGCACAGUUUUCAGAUUGGCUUUUAAGAAUAGGAGAGGGCCGAAUAUCUGAGCCUAAUGAAGGCACCGCCGAAAUCAACAUACCACCUGAUAUUCUGAUAACAAAAUUCGAUGAUCCAAUUGUGGCCAUUGUCAAUACCACAUACCCUGAUUUCAUAAAUAAUUUCCAAUGUGUUGAUUACCUUAAAAGUCGAGCGAUACUUGCCUCUACACUGGAGAUUGUUGAUCAGAUCAAUGACCAUAUACUUAACUUGAUGCCAGGAGAGAUUCGUGACUACUACAGCGCAAAUUUAGUUGACAGGUCUGAGAUUCAUGACCCAUCAGUAGUUGAUAUCCUCACGCCAGAAUUUAUAAGUUCCCUCCGAACAUCAGGGACACCUAUAAUGCUCAUGAGAAAUAUAGAUCAAUCUGAAGGUUUGUGUAACGGCACAAGGCUGUGUAUAACAAAGAUGGCAGCCCAUGUACUCGAGGCUUCAAUAAUGGGUGGUAAAGGUUUGGGAAAUUUGGUUUACAUACCUCGAAUGGACAUGUCACCAUCCCAAUCACCAUGGCCAUUCAAACUGAAUAGGAGACAGUUCCCUAUUAUAGUUUCCUAUUUUAUGACAAUCAACAAAUCACAGGGACAGUCAUUGGAUAACAUUGUUUUGUACUUACCAAAAGAUGUAUUCACACAUGGCCAGAUUUAUGUCGCAUUGUCAAGAGUAACACCAAAAAAGGGAAUCAAAAUGCUGAUACAUGACGAAGAAAAGAAAUUCAGGGGGAAAAUUACAAAUGUUGUGUAUAAAGAAGUUUUUAACAAUGUCUAA